AUGACUCCUUUAGACGUUGACCAAUUUUCCCCGAUGCCUGAUACGUCCCACUUUCUUCGCCUCCCUGACGAUGUGCUUGCAUAUCUUCUCGACCUGACACCUAUGAGUGACAUGGAGAGUGUCUCACAGACGUGUAGACAACUAAAAGCCAUUUGUGGACUUGUUCGCGCCCCAUACCUGCAUGAGCUCAAUCAAGAGGGUCUGGAGUACAAUGCUGCGUCCGCAUCACAGACGGAGUCCAUUUCGCAGGCACUGGCUUCCCUCAGGUGUAGGGAAAACAGAUGGAGGACGAUGCGUCCAAUCACUUCGUCCUGUCGUUCAACUUUGAAUGAUAGUCACUUCACUAGCUACUCUCAAAAUAUAGCUUUGUAUGUAUCCAGACAAGUAGCAUCAACUGUUUUCCAUGGGGACACGGUUGAACAUUCAACAUACCAUGGCCAAAUUGACGAGAUCACUCGAUUCUAUGCCGCCGAUGGACUGCAGGACCUUCUUGUUCUCCUACGGAUGCACCUUGGAACAGGAUUAUCAUAUCUCCGCUUCCUCUCAUUGAGAGGGAUGUCUCUGCAUCCAGCAGCUGCUAGUCCAGCGUGUGUUCUCCUCACCGGCAUUAAUCCAAUGGGAUAUUUCUCUGCUCCGCUUCAUGCUCAUGGUCUAAGAAUCCUUGGUCCCUGGUGCGCGCUGCUCACAACGGAUCGGCCUUCUAACCAGCUGGAAGCGCAAGCCAACACACUCUUGCUUUGCAACUGGAAAACCAAUGCAUUAUUCAAAUUGGCGGGGAUUCAUCCCGACCAAGUCGACGAUUUUAAUCUUCUAAAUUCUCGUACACUUGCCGUCAUUCAUAAAGCCUCGAACCCGUCUCAACUAACACUCCGCCUUUAUGACGUUACUUUUCCAAGCCACCUCUCUUUGUUUGGUUGCGUUAGACUCCACUUGUCAUUGCGUUUACCCCGUAUCGAGGACCAGGCAUCUAUAUCUCUUAGUCGUAUGAUACUACCAAGAACGUUGCAAGAGCAGGUGCUCCAGUCCCAUCAGCGCCCUCGGGAAGUAUUCCCUCCGAACAGCGGAAUCAUGGCUCUGUCAAUACCCCUUGCCAUGGGUGUCGAGGAGGCUCAUUUGGACAUCGCUGUUGACAUUGCUACAUUACUUUCCAUCGCUUGUGUCAACGACAUUUCUGACCGCGCGAUGCUCUGGAGAGAAUGGGGUCCGAAAAUGUCGCGUGUUUUCUUGAUCGACGAGGUCCUCCGCACGGAAGGCGACGUAGAGCCCCUGCAGGACGUGGAAGGCUAUAGGAUAGCUUUUUCCACGAACGUAGACUGCAGCGAUAGCCGGAAUCGCAUCCCCGAUGAGCAUUCCCGUCCUGCAGCCUUUAUUUUGGACUUCAAUCCUGCGAGUAUCCGAUGGGCUCGACAGGAGGAGAAAGCCGGUCGUGGACUACGCGGUGCUUUGAUAACAGAACCGAGUGUUUUACUGCCGGGACGCCUGCUUGCAGAGGAGGUAGUCAGCUCUCUACCUUAUACCCGAACUAUGCUUGAGGGAUACUUACCCCAACACCAAAUCCGGCUUUCACGAGAUGAAGUCGUCUACCCUGCUAAUCCGGCGCAAGGAUCUCCGCUGCAUAAUGUUUACAGCUUUGCGUAGUCCUGUGCUACACACCAUUGUGAGUUGACACGUGUAUACGAUCUUGGAAGACGAUGGAAGUCAUGCUGAUCCCCGCAUCGGAGUCAGCCGCAAGCUUAGCGUGAUAUUCUCGAACGCUAAGAAUGAGGCGUGGCCUCAGCACAAACUUUUGGACAAGCGAGACAAUCGAAAGAACACCAAGAUACAUCUGGGCUCCCAGAGAAUA